AUGCCAAAGCUAGUCCUUAUCAGACACGGUCAAUCCGAAUGGAACGAGAAGAACUUGUUCACCGGUUGGGUGGACGUCAAGUUGUCUGCUGUCGGUGAGAAGGAGGCCGCCAGAGCCGGUGAAUUGUUGAAGGAGAAGAACGUCAAGCCAGAUGUUCUUUACACAUCCAAGUUGACCAGAGCUAUUCAGACCGCUAACAUUGCGUUGGCCAACGCGGACAGAGCGUGGAUCCCAGUUCACAGAUCGUGGAGAUUGAACGAGAGACACUACGGUGCGCUACAGGGUAAGGACAAGGCCGAGACUUUGGAGAAGUACGGUGAAGAGAAGUUCACCACGUGGAGAAGAUCGUUCGACAUCCCACCACCAGAGAUCGAGGCUUCGUCGCCAUACUCUCAGAAGAACGACGAGAGAUACAAGGACGUCGAUCCAAACGUGUUGCCACAAACGGAGUCUUUGAAGUUGGUGAUCGACAGAAUGUUGCCAUUCUGGGAAGAUGUGAUCGCCAAGGACCUCUUGGCAGGUAAGGUUGUGCUAGUCACCGCGCACGGUAACUCUUUGAGAGGUUUGGUCAAGCACUUGGAGAACAUCUCCGAUGCCGACAUUGCCAAGCUGAACAUCCCAACUGGUAUCCCAUUGGUGUUCGAGUUGGACGAAAACUUGAAGCCAACUAAGCCAUUUUACUACUUGGACCCAGAGGCUGCCGCCGCUGGUGCUGCCGCCGUUGCCGCUCAAGGUAAGAAGAAAUAA